AUGCCAAGCGAUGGGUUCACGAUUAAAAGUCGCAUCAGGAAUUUGCUGCGUUCUCCAUCAACCAAGCACAAGAAGAAGAUGAAAGAGAGUCUCAGCAGCAAGGUGACUUUGGAGAAAGUUCUAGGAGUCACCACUUCAGGAAACAGCGGUCUGGCCUGUGACCCGCGAUCUGGCCUCGUGGCCUAUCCUGCAGGGUGUGUGGUAGUUUUGCUGUACGCCAAAAAGAACAGACAGCACCACAUUAUCAACACGUCAAGAAAGACUAUCACAGCUCUGUCCUUCUCCCCUGAUGGCAAGCACUUGGUCACAGGAGAGAGCGGUCACUUGCCGGCGGUGAGACUGUGGGACGUGGCAGAACGGAGACAGGUGGCAGAGCUCCAGAAACAUAAAUAUGGCGUCUCCUGCGUUGCUUUCUCCCCCAACAGCAAAUACAUUGUCAGUGUGGGAAACCAGCAUGACAUGAUGGUCAACGUCUGGGCUUGGAAGAAAGAUGUAGUUGUGGCUGCCAACAAGGUGUCCAGUAAAGUGACAGGUGUGUCUUUCUCUGAGGACAGCUCCUACUUUGUAACUGUGGGAAACAGACAUGUCAAAUUCUGGUAUAUGGACCACUGCAAGGCCAGCAAGGCCAGCACCCCUGUCCCUCUGCUGGGCCGCUCUGGGCUGCUGGGGGAGCUGAGGAACAACUUCUUCUGUGAUGUGGCAUGUGGACGGGGCUCUGCAUCUGACUCCACCUUCUGCAUCACCUUCUCCGGCCUGCUGUGCGAGUUUAACUGCAACAGGAUGCUGGACAAGUGGGUGGACCUGCGGACGGGCAUGGCCCAGUCCCUGUCUAUGUCUGAGGAUAUGAUCUUCUGUGGCUGUGCUGACGGAACGGUGCGAGCCUUCAGGCCCGUCGACCUUCACUUCGUCUGCACGUUGCCGCGGCCGCACCCCCUCGGCACUGACGUCUCGGCCAUCACGGAGGCCAGCCACUUGUUUUCCACAAAGACGGACGCCCGUUACCCAGACGCCAUUGCUGUUACCUACGACCCAGUCAGCCAGUGGCUCAGCUGUGUGUAUAAUGACCACAGUGUGUAUGUGUGGGAUGUGAGAGAUGUCAACAGGGUGGGGAAGGUGCACUCUGCCCUCUUCCAUGCUGCCUGUGUCGGGGACCUGGAGAUGUUCCCAGAUGUUCCUGGAGAAUUUGCUGCUGGUUUGUCAUCCGGUGCAUUCCUAAGUUGCUCAGCUGAUAACACCAUCAGAUUGUGGCGCAUGUCCGAUGGGACACAAACUCUUGUUCAUUCUCAGAACAUCCUCAGCAGUGAUCUCCUGAAUAUAAUCUACAUAGAUAGAAACACGAGUGCCUUGCUGGAUCCGGAGUGUUUGAUAAAUAUGAAUGCAGACAAACCAGGAGACGGACAGCCAGCAGAAAGCAGGACUGGCAUCAGGACCAUCUGUGUGAGCCCAGACGGCAAACACCUGGCAUCUGGAGAUCGCAACGGGAUGCUGAGGGUUCAUGACCUCAGCAGCAUGGAGGAGAUUCUGAAAGUGGAUGCCCAUGAUGCUGAGAUCCUCUGUCUGGAAUACAGUAAACCAGAAACAGGCCUGAAGCUGCUGGCCACAGCUAGCAGGGACCGUCUGAUCCACGUCUUGGAUGCGGAGGAUGACUACAGUCUGGUGCAGACACUCGACGAGCACUCUUCAUCCAUAACAGCCAUCCGCUUUGCUGCCAAUGACAACAAGGUGAAGAUGAUCAGUUGUGGGGCAGACAAGAGCAUCUAUUUCCGCACAGCACACAAGACUGACAGAGGUACAGAGUUCAGGCGUUCUCACCACAUGGUGAGGAAGACCACGCUGUACGACAUGAGUGUGGACCCCACCUGCACGUACGCUGCUGUCGGCUGUCAGGACCGCUGCAUCAGGAUUUUCAACAUCAGCAGUGGCAAGCAGAAGAAACUCUACAAGGGCUCACUGAGUGAGGACGGCAGUCUGCUCAGGGUUCAGCUCGAUCCGUCAGGUCAAUACAUUGCCACCAGCUGCUCCGAUAAAAACAUCAGCCUCUUUGACUUCUACACUGGGGAGUGUGUCGCCACGAUGGAUGGACACUCUGAGCUUGUCACUGGGUUGAAGUUUACCAACGACUGCAAGCAUUUGAUUUCUGCGUCAGGGGACAGCUGUAUCUUUGUGUGGCAACUGGCUCCAGAACUGACAAUCAGCAUGAGAGAGAGGCUGUGCCAGCUCCGAAAAAAUCCAAGCACUCCAUCCUGCAAGACCCCCAGUCUCAGGCGAGACGUGUAUAGUGCCCCCACGCUGGCUGGACUGUCCUCUGACAGUGAGAACGAGGAGGAGGACGGAGCGGAGACCGACGACCCAGAAGACAUCGCAGACAUCGCAGACAAUACGUCUUCUGACAGCAGCCAUGCAGAGGAGGACACGGGUGGCUCUGAUGAAGGUCAGGAGGACUGGGAGCUGACAAAGCAUGAAGUCGUCAACCAGGUCACACCUGACUCCUCUCGACGUCCUCGGAGGCGCUGGUCUCAUCGUUUGGGCACUCAGGAGCUGAAGGUGAAAUCCAUGCUGGACCUGAGGCAGCUGGAGACCUUUGGUCCCAAGAAAAACCCCAACUGCCCCCCUCAUGACAGAGACAGACGGAGCACGUCCAGCCAGCAGGAGCCCAAUCUGCAGUUGGAGGAGAGAGCCAAGAGGAGUCGUCGCUGGCCACAUGCUGCCUGGAUGUCCUCACACCCAUCCAAGGACAUCAGGGGGACUGACGGAGUCGUGCUGUACCCUAAGGAGAGCGAGGGCGAUGAAAGUCUGCAGGGCAGUGAUUACAUGGUGAAGGAGCAGCGCUGCAGCAUGCAAGGGCGAGGGAUCCGCAGUGAGAGCAAGGAAAGCCGCAGCCCGGACAGUGCUUGCUCUCUGGGCUACGACAGCAGGGACUCCAGCCCGGACAGUGUCCCCGAUGUGGAGUUCAUGAGCCAGGACAGCUCUGAUGAGGAGAAUGAAGAGAGAGACGGAGAGGAGCAGAAGGCAGAAAUGACGAGUAUGGACGAGGCUCUGAGGAGAGUGACUGACACUGUUGACCGCGGUCAAGAAGAUUUUCACAAACAAAACUUUGAGACGCUGGAAGAGAGCUGCAGCUUGGCUGAGCAGAGCAGAGUCCCCAGGCUCAGUAUGUCUUCACGCUUCCUGGCCAGAGGACAUAAUAACAGGAGCAUGUCUCUUUUUGCCAAAGUGCAAGGAAAAGAACAAGGCAGCCACUCUGCUAAGCCCCCUGUGUCAAAAGUACGGCCCUUGAUGGAAGACAGCCAGAGCAGAUCUACGGAAGACAAUGCCCCUGUGUCCCCUGGCAGGAAUGAGGGUCCAGACAGGGCAGAUGCUUCAGAUGGUGCUCUUAUCUUUAGACCCCUGAAGAGGAGAAAGACUUCAGGGUCCCAACUGUGGAGGAUGUCCAACCCUCCGUCUAAAGCUUCACUGCUGCUGGACACAUGUAUACAGAAAUCACACUCUGCCCAGAACCUGGCCUCAGACUCUCCUCACUCCCCUGUGCCCUCUGGUGACCAAAUGGAGUUGCGCAAGAGACUUCAGGAGCUUUUCCUGGAUCAGGACAGUCCAAAGCCUUCCUUCCACUUUUCUUCCCCGUCCUCUGGGUCGCCCCAAACUCCGCGGUCCCCCCUGCCCUGGGAGAGCCCCAAACUGAAACACUUCCACUCCUACAUGAACCCCACUGCCAGCUCCAUGGCCAAAAGCAGCCGCUCCACCUCUCUGGGAGAUGUUGUCCAGGCCGGCACUCCACCUUGCUCCCCAUCUCUCCCCAGGGGCAGGAGGUUGUGUGGGGAGCUCGGGGUUGAACCUCCCUUGCUCACCUCGUCUCCCGCCACCACUUUCUCCUAUAAUGUCUCAUCAGCAUCCUCCCUCUUAACAUGUCCUCUACCAAACAGUCCCUCUCCGACUCCUCCCCCUCGGACAGAUAGAGAUCCACCUUCUCCUAUUACCCAGAACUUACCGCCUUCCCGCAUCCCGCUUCCCAAACAGCCUCUCAGCCCUCGCCGCAGCCUCUGCCUGGACGUAAUGCCGAUGAGGGCUUCUGCUCUAACUGCCGACCCUGGAUGUGACUUAACACCUACUCCAGGAAACAGAGCACUGGGCAAGAAACUGUCUCUAAGUUUGGAUCCUUCUUUGCCAAGUUUAUUACCAGUGAGGCAGAAGAGAGACUCCGUUUCAGAGAGUGGCAGAGAUCCAUUACAGGUGGCUGUGGCCAAAGAGUACCAUCUGGUGCCCGAAUAUGCCCGCACAUCGAGCGCUGAUCCCCAGCCAGAUCACUCCAUCACCUUGGAAACUUGUAGGCAGGCUGCUACGGAGCUUCACAACAGUCUGAGGAGAACUGCCAUGCUCUACACUAUGGUGCUACAAUGUGACCAGCAGCCCUGUGAAGAUCAGCAAGAAAUGAGGGGCAUCCUGUCUGACGCCCUGUUCACGGUCAAGGCUGAGCUGCACUCUCUGCCUCGCCCCACUCAACAGGUCGAAGGGCCCAAAGUGGACCAAGGGGUCAAAGGUGACGGAGACAAGGCCCUGGCUCUGCUGGAGCAGUACGCCGAGCUGCUGCUGAAGUCUGUGGAGAGGAGACUAGACACCAAGACGUGAGGACUGAUGUUUGCCACGUGUAUGUACGCACACAUGGGAGCCAGACACAUGCACUGUGCAUCGCACUCUUGUUAUUAGCACAGAUCUUUCGUAACUUUUAUUUAUGGACUGAAUGCAGAUGAGGUGUCAUUAUAGUUGGAGAAGCUGAAAGAAUUGAAGGUUGAAUGAGUGUUGUACAGUGAAGUUUUAAAAGGUUGCCAUAUUAUUAUUAUUAUUAUUAUUAUUAUUAUUAUUAUUAUUAUUAUAUUUUUUUAAGUUGCCAUAGCUCUUCUUUGUCUGUUUUCUACUUUUUACAAUCACAUUUCAUAAGUGUAUUCAAUCAUAGUUACAAAGAGAGACACUAGAAGGACAAAGAGGAUGGAGUUACAUGAAGUGAAGGAGUCAAAAGAUGUAGGUUGAUGUUGGUUAAAAACUGUAUUUGGUGCCAUAAAAUGCAUCCUGUGAAGUCACUGUUGAAGUGAUUAUGUUAAAGAUGGUUAUGUUUUGAAAUCCAUUAGCAUCCCCUAGAGGCUGCACGCUUCAUUGUUUCAAUUAAAGGACAGAAUGAACCAUUUUCUGUUGAACCUGUUAGGCUCUAAGAAUGAAGUGUAUCAUUUGUAUUAGGGUGGUGUCACAGCAGGUUCUCAUUUCUUUUUGUAUAUCAUAACUAGUCUGUUAGUCUGUCAUUCUACUGAGAUUGUUGUUUAAUAUGUUGCACUGUUCUUCUUUAAGCUUUCUUAGAAAAUAAACAAUGAAAACAUUGAA